GAAAUCUCACGCAAGCAUUUGACGCAUUGAGACUUUUGUCGUGCGGGAGUUGAAUUAAUUCUCUUUGCGGCGGAGAGGAACUGUUUUUGUUUCGCUCUUUCCCUAUUUCCGUGCUUUUAGGGAGUUAUUGGAAGAGAGACUCGGAAAAGACUGAAUUAGAAAGGAAAACCAUGUCGGACGAUAAACCGGUAGCAGAUGUGACUUCCGCAGCAGGUGAGCAGAUAAAGAAGGAGCUUGAGGAAGGGAAUAAGAUGGAGGUGGAUAUCGAUAAAGAGAACAAGGCUGCAGAGGGGACAGAGAGCAAAACUGGAGCCGCUGAUGGCGAAAAGAAGGCGGAUGAGGCUGGUGCUGGAGGAAGUGAAGGGGUUGCCGAAGGGAUGGUAAAAGUAGUUGGGAAUGCUUCCGAUGGAACUGGAACGUCAUUGUCUGGACAAGUACAGAAAAUCAUUGCAAAAGAAUUGGAUGUCCCUAGCAAAAAGCCGCGUAUCGAUCUUCAAAGCGUUCCAACCCGACAAUAUCUGGAUCAAACCGUUGUGCCAAUUUUGCUCCAAGCUCUCGCCGCACUGAGCAAGGAACGUCCACCAGAACCAAUUGAUUAUCUAGCAUCAUACCUCCUUAAGCACAAGUCAAAGUUUGACGGAUAAUAAGCUACGUAUGCACGAAUAAGGUAUCAUAUUUAUAUGCAUGUUUUGUCACUGUUCCAAUUUUAAUGCUAUUGUAAUCUCUGAGGCACUAGCUCAGUGAAUAGGCUGAUGUUAUUUUGUAAUUACUAUAUAAAAUUAUAAGUAAUCAAUUAUAAGUGAAUAUGUGAGCGAACGAGCUAAUAUUUUUAAAAUUCAGUUGGCAUAUUCAUUCCUUGUCUUUACUUUCAUAUUUAAUAAUCUCGCCCAUCCUGCAAUUUUAUUGGUAUUAUGUUCAAUUUUUUUGGCAAGAUAAGAGUCAAUGGUAAUUCUUUACAGCACUAUUUUAAAGGAAUAUUUAUGUGAUUGCUUAUUAUGCGUGGUGACAUGGAGUAUCUGCUAUAUGACGUUCCUCUUAUUAAAGUUAUCUUCUAUAUAAAAUAAGACAUAAAGUAGAAUGUGAAUAAUUUAGACGAAAUAGUUCUUUAAUUAAAAGUUUUUCACCAAUGAAUAUGCGUAAUCUCAAUUUGUAUUAUUUGACUAAAUACUUUAUCAACCUAAUUAUUGCAUCUGCAUUAACCCUGAAGAAGACAAUGUUUGUUUGUCGAAAGCUUGGUGAAGGAAAAAUAAAACCGAAGUUUAUUAAAUAGUC